AUGCCGCUCAAACUCCUACACCACAAAUCGUUCCACGUGUACAAGGCGGAGAACGUCGCGCGGGUCGCGCGGGACGAAGCUCUCGCUCGAGCGCAAGGGGAGGAGAAGGAACGAAGGGGAACGGUCGCGGAUUCGGAGGCUAGGUUGGGGAGGAUGAGGGCACGGACGGGGUUGGUGGAGAUGGAUUGGGGAGGAGGGGGAGGAAGAGGGGGAGGGGCAAGGAGGGAGGGGAGGCGGAGAAGAGGUUGGAGAAACAGUUGAAGGGGAAGGGGAAGGGGAGGGAGGAGGGGAAUGGUGCGGAUGGGAAAGGGCAUCUUAAUUUCUGGGCAGAGUUUGAAGCUGGGGUAAGUCCAAGGGUCGGAUGACUUCAGGGGACCGUGGUGGUGUUGAGGUCGCGACGAGGCGAAAAACGCUGACGCUUUUGAUGAACUUCGUUCGAUCAGGCCAAACCAACCUCCUUUGAGAACGCCGAACGCAAACUCGAAAAAGCGAUCGAACAACAAAAAGUCGACGAGUUGACCAAGGUGUACCUCGCCAAGAAGGGGGAGGGGGAUAUGAAGGGAUGGUACGCGAGUGAGGAUGGCCAGACGGAGAAGGAGAGGAAACUGUCGGAUGAGAUGAGGUUGGAGAGGGCGUGAGUGGUUUCGGUGGUGAGGGUGCCGUUAUGCUGGUGGAGUCAAAGCACUGAUUUUAAAUUUCCUCAUUGAUGUGAUCAGCUACAAGGACGGGGAGAACAAACGCCUUACGGACCCUUUGGCGUUGAUGCAGUCCUACCUCAGACGAAGGGAUCAGGUCCUCGAUUCUUCCAAAGCCGCUUCAUCAUCCUCGUCGACGAGGUUCCGAACCCCUGCAACACCGGAUACGGAACGAGGCGACUUGUCUCCCAUUAUCACUUCCUUACUUGCUCCCAAGAGAAGGAAAGGUGAUCCCAUACCCCGAUCUCGAUCUGCCCCGUCCUCCCCAACAUCCCACUCGGACCCCUCCACUUCCACUUCCUCUCAUCCCACCCUCGACCCACGAACCGAAGCUGUCCGUCGCGUCUCUUCCGAACGCGCUCGAGCUUCAGCCGUCAUCGCUGCUCGGAAAAAGGAACUUCAAGGAUCCGAUGCAGGGUCGGUCGCUUCCACGCCUGCGAGGAGCGAGUUUGGAGCGCAGGGGUAUGGGAUGUUCAACAGGGAGGAAACGAGGGAUGCGAGGGGACGGUGGCGGGAGGGGAGAGGGGGGAGUGGUUUGGGGAGUAGUGGUGGUGGAGAGAGUGGGAGCAGGGGUGAUGGAUGGGGUGAGCAGAAGAGGAGGAGGGAGGAGAGGUCGAGAGGUGGGGAGAGGGGGUGGGGAAGGAGGACGGGAGGGGAGUAG